AUGUCUCAACAAAGCGGAAUAUGGGGAAGAACCAAUACUCACAACCCAUUCGAAGUCGCCGGUGGGUUUGUAGUAAUCAGGCAAAAACAAUUCGGUAACAGUCUCUACAUGGUGGAAAAGGAUCAAGAAGUCGACAUGAGAAACUUGCCCGCAAUUCUGAAUCCUACUAUUGAGCGCCCUGGUCUGUAUUACGUAUGUCCUUGUAAAGAUCAGUGUGGAAUCCUCACAGGAGAAGGCAAAUUUGCUUCAGACGAAAAUACAGUCAUCGAACACAUGAAAGUCACCCAUAAUGUUAGACCGUUAGCCAGAACGGUAUAG